AUGGAUAAUAUCAGAAACAGAAAAUCCCCCAAGAAUCGCUCCCUGGAGAGAAUUUCUCCGCCGUCGGUUCCGCAAGCGCCGACGCGUGUGCCUUCUCCACAGGGGUCAGAAACUGAUUCCGUUGCGCACGUCCCCGGCUCAGCAACUUCUCGAAGGAAUCGGCGCGAGCCGUGCGCCAUUGACGGAGCUCUCUGCUUCUUAGCUUCUGGCUCUACUGGUACAUCUGGUUCAUCGGCUGAUGACGAAACUGACAACGAGAGUAAUCAUGAAAGCGAAAGGGCAGAAACAACCAUAAAGCAGGAUUCCUGUUCACAUCCUGGUUCUUUCGGGGGAAUGUGCAUGCGUUGUGGCAAAUCCCUUGAAGAGAAAUCAGGUGUAACAUCUGGCUAUAUACAUAAGGGUUUAUGGCUUGCUAAUGAUGAGAUUGCUUGAUUGCAGAAGACAGAUAUGAAAAAUUUACUACUACAAAAGCUUUACUUGAUCCUUGACUUAGAUCAUACACUCCUUAAUUCAACUUCACUUGCCCAUAUUAGUUCAGAGGAGGAACACCUGAGAGGCAAAGUAGAUUCUCGGGAAGACAUCUCUAAAGGCAGCCUCUUCAUCUUGGAGCAUAUGCAUACAAUGACCAAGUUGAGACCCUUUGUGCGGACCUUCUUAAAGGAAGCUAGUGAAAUGUUCGAGAUGUAUAUGUACACAAUGGGCGAUUGAUCCUACGCCCUGGAAAUGGCUAAGCUACUUGACCCCAAAAGAGAGUACUUCCAUGAAAGAGUGAUCUCCCGAGAUGAUGGUACCCAAAGACACCAAAAAGGACUUGAUGUAGUGCUGGGCCAAGAAAGUUAUGUACUGAUAUUAGAUGAUACAGAGAAGGCAUGGACAAAGCACAAGGACAAUUUGAUACUGAUGGAAAGAUAUCAUUACUUUGCUUCAAGCUGUCAACAAUUUGGAUUCUCUUGUAGAUCACUUUUUGAGAUGGAGACGGAUGAAAGCGAGGGUGAUGGAGCCCUUGCCACUGUUAUUGGAGUCCUCAAACGGGUCCAUACCAUAUUUUUUCAUGAACUCGAGGACGAGCUUGCUGGCAGAGACGUUAGACAGGUUUUGAAGACGCUUCGCAAGGAAGUCCUUGAAGGCUGUAAGAUCAUCUUCAGCCGUGUGUUUCCAACCCACUUUCCUGCCAGGCAACACCAGCUGUGGAAGAUGGCGGAGCAGUUGGGAGCCACAUGCACGGUGGACCUCGAUGAUUCAGUGACCCAUGUGGUUGCGACGGAUGCCGGGACGGAGAAGUCGCGUUGGGCUGUCAAGGAAAAGAAGUCGCUGGUCCAUCCGCGGUGGAUUGAAGCUUCCUACUAUUUCUGGAAGAGGCAACCAGAAGAGAGCUUCUCCGUCGACCAAAAAGCCAGUAGUUAGUAUUCAUCGAUUCAAGGAUAUGGGUAGAAAGGCACCUUUAGUCAGAUUUAUCUAGUGACUUGAUAAAUUCCAUUAGCUGGUUCUAUUCCUGAUGCAUGUAGAGUCUACUAGUUUUGCUUGCUGGCCUCCCUGUGGUCGCAGAA